AUGGAACCAAAUUCAAUGUUCAUUGAAGCAGUUAUCCAUUGGCUAGCAGAGUUUCCUGGUAGUCCUAUAAAGGUUCUGUCGACCAUAGCCGAAUUCAUCGCUCCACAAAACCUCUACAAGUUAUUCGAGUUUCUCAUGAACCCCGAAGAUUUGGGAAAUGGAGAAUUCUCCACAUAUUUCGACAGGCCAUUUACGGUUGGAUACGGUAAAGAGGAGGAUAUGGAACUCCAUGUUCCCUGUGGCUUGAUCAUUCAAGCGAAAGCAUUGGAAUUGGGUCUAGAGUUCCAUACUUCUUCUUACUUUUCCAAAGUUGGCUAUCUGGACAACUUUUGGCCUGAAGUGUCAAACUUGAAUUGGUUGCGCUUAGUUUUAUUGAAUGACACUCAACAAAUCUACAAUCUUUGUCAGGUUCUAGUGAAAGUUGGUACAAUUUCGUCUAAAAAGUCUACAGUCGGGUUGGUUUUGUUCGGCUUUCUUAGUGCCACCGACCAAGAACAGAUCGAAAGGUACUUGAACGCCAAUAGCGUUGACCGGGUACACGAUCCUAGACCACAGGAGGUAGCAGAUCAAAGUAAGUCACAAGUUAAAUGUACCAGCGUACAAGAACCCGAACCACAGAAGGAUCUUGAAGCAGAGCAGUCACAACGUAUAGGAAACGUAGCAGACCAUCAGGAGCCUGAGCCACAAGAAGAUUUCCAUGCUGAUGAAGGGCAAUCGCAAGUUAAAACCAACAGUUUUAGCAAACAUCACACCUACGAAGAACAUCUCACUGCUAUGUUAUGGGAAAAGGAAAUUAUGGAAGGGCUAGUUUUCAACUUGAUUGGGUGAAUAAAC